AUGGGUCUAUCUCGAAAUCCCGACAACCAUAACAACGACAGUAUCAAAAAAACAGACUUAUUCAGGGUACUUGACAGCUCGGCGACGGAUAAGUGGGCGACGGUCAACAGGACACCUGCUAACUCGGCGACGAUCAAGUCGGCGACGGAUACUCAAAAAAAUAACUUGACUAUCGCCGACUUACUUAUUCAGAGUACGGGACAGCUCGGUGACGGUCAACUGAUCACCUGCCAACUCGGCGACGGUCAAGUCUAUGAUCAAGUUGGCUGGAGGAUCACCGUGCAAUGGCUCGCCGGGAAUUUUGCGUGCAAGGCAUUCCUGUUCCUGAGGGCUUUCGGCCUUUACCUCAGCAGCAACGUGCUCAUAUGCGUAUCCCUGGAUCGCUAUUUUGCGGUCCUACAUCCUCUCAAAGUAAAUGACGCCAGGAGACGUGGCAAAAUCAUGCUCGCUUUCGCUUGGAGCAUGUCCCUUAUCUACUCCAUACCGCAGAGCGUCGUAUUCCAUCUGUCACCUCAUCCGAACUACCCGGCGUUUUUCCAAUGCGUAACCUUCGGAUUCUUCGUCUCCAGAAAUCACGAAAUCGCGUACAAUCUCUUCUGCGUUUUGGCCAUGUACUUUAUACCGUUGAUGGUCAUCGUUGGAGCGUAUUCUGCUAUCAUGUGGGAAAUAUCCAGUAAAUCCAAGGAAUCUGCAG